AUGCAAGGCGUCCGGUCUGACGCCUCUACACAGGCGAGCAUUGAAUCGGCUAAGCGAAAAGUGCCCUACGUGUCGGCGGCACCAUUUCGGCGCUUCUUCAUCGGCUACAACCUGCGCAGCGCGUUGAGACCCCUGCCUAGUUACGGCGCGCCCAACAACUGUGUCGUGAGGCUUCAUCGGAAGCACUGGAACUAUCACACUUGUCGUCCCUAUGUUGCGUGGCUCCAUCGGGUAAUGAGACCAGACCUUGGGCUGGCUGUGACGGGCGCAGUCGAAGCUGGGGCAGUGGAGACGGCGGCAGCGGCAGGUGUCAGUAUCAAACACCAGUGA